AUGAGUAUAGCUGCAUAUGCGUAUGAAACAAAUGAAGCAAGAAGAGCACAUGAACUAGUAAACGAAAACUCAACUUUAACCAUUGAAGGCAAUGAUUUAGUCAUUGACGAUGGAAAAACUAAAAAAGUCAUUGAUUUCGAUACUUUUAACACUUAUGACCCAUUCAUUACAAUAAGUAAAGUUCCUAUCAUAAAUGAUGGAACGGUGCAAUAUAUAAAUUCUACAGUAGAUGCCUCAUUAGUGAAAGUAUUAAAUGUUCUCAUUGAAUUGUUAAAGAGCUUUCGAUUUGACGACAACAUUAAAUGCUUAAAGAAUUUAGUCAUGAAUGAGAAACAAAUUCUCGGCGUUGCUGGUAGCAGUAAUGAUGUACACCUUAUGACAUUAGAAUAUUAUAACGAACAUAAAGAUGAACUGAAAGGAGAGAAGGGUGACACUGGACCUCAAGGACCACAAGGAAUACAAGGAAUACAAGGACCUCAAGGCGAAAACGGUUUGGAUGGUGAAGAUGGAAAGGAUGGAAAAACUGCUAAAUCAUGGAUAUGGAACCUUAUAAAUACUGGUUUAACAGCUGCUUCAUAUGGAG